AUGACUUUACAGAGUCCCCAAGUGAUGUCCAAGCUGAGUCUCGCGGUGCUUUGCGCCAUUUUUGCAGUCGCACAUGCGCAAAUCGUGCCGAUUGUUGCUCCAUGUUACUCGUCGAGUGGAUGUCAAUUGAGUGCCGGGUCGGGCUUUGGUUCUUCAUGUGGUUCUUCGUGCGGUUCUUCGUGCGGUUGUUCGACUUCAUCGAAUAAUUGCUGUUGCCCGACAACAUCCUCAAACUGCUGUAAUACGGGAUCGAGCUGUUGCAACACCGGGUCGUCUUGCUGCUCCUCAUCAUCGUGCAACUCGAACUCGGCACCGAUCAUCGUGAUCCCCUCCUCCUCAUCUUGUGGCUCUUCGAGCUCUUCGAAUUGUUGUUCAUCUUCAUCUUCAUCUUGUUGUUGUCCAUCAUCGUCCACCUCGUCAAACUGUUGCUGCAACAAUUCGUGUAAUUCCAACAGUUCUGGUGGAACGCUCUUGUUGAUCCCAGUCAGCUAUGGAAGUUCAUCAUGUUGCACAAAUGGAAAUACUUCAUGCUGUGGUUAUCGACGUUUCAUGAGACGUCAUCGUCAACAACAAAGACAACAAAAAAGUGAAGAAGGAUCACGAAAAUUCACGAAUCUUCAACAAAUUUUGGGUAUGAAUACUCAAAAUGUGAAAAUGCCAAUUUUACGAAUU